AUUUACCUUAGUGAUCUGCAAUGCAUUUCAUUUGUGCUCCUAAGAGUAGUUGGUUAUAUUUAACUUUAGUUAAAAUGGUUCUUAUGAUGACUUACUACUUGGCCAAGUCAAAACCACGUCCUCAAACGGGUGUGAAGUUCAAUAAAUUGUCAAGCACUUCCUCAUACACUUUCUUUGCUGUGAUGGAGUCACCGAGUUUCAUUCUUGUAGUCUGUCUCAUGAUACAAUGUCACGGGUCCAGUCAUUUCCAUUACCUACAGAAAGGAGAGGAGGUAACACUGUCCUGUGGAACAUGUCAAUGGGAGGCUGAUGUGGACUCAGACAACACAGUGGACUGCAUCUUAUCAAAGACCAGGAAUUAUUCAAAUAAAUCAGAAGGUCCAACUGGAAAACCAAAGUUAUGCGAUAAUAAAGAGAUAAAGAGAAGCGAACCCAACGUGUGUGACAUCAGUAUAAAGAGGGGAUUCUUUGCUUGUGUUAAUGACUUUAAAUCUGACUCUUGCUUCAUUUAUCCAUUCAAACCCUGUGCUCAUCAAGUGGAGUCCUUCAUUGUUGCUCAGGAAGAACCAGACAUGGUGUCCGCACCUGUAAUGGAAAGCUCAGUGAAUGUGUCUGCAGGAGGAUCAGUUAAUCUGACGUGCAUCUUUACAACAAAGGGAAAUUAUUCCAAUAAGGCUUUUGUGGUGUACUGGAUUAAGACUGGUGCUGAGAGCAGCACAUGUGUGUACUCAUUUCAUUUCGAUUCAGAUUAUAAUGCUGGUUUUGAUGGACACUGUUCCAUUGACAAAGAUCUUCUGCUGAGGAGAUCAAACGCAACCAAACCUUCUCUCACUGAUACCAACACCCAUAACCUGAUGAUCAGCAAUGCCACUCACUCAGACAGUGGACAGUAUGUGUGUGCCUUAAGGGUGAACAAGAACCAGCAGCACUGGACAAUAAUCACCAACACUACAGUCACUGUGGGUGAUCCAGUCAAACCUGCCAAUCCAACAACCACUGGAAUUACCACUGUUGAGCACCUUUCUAAAAACAACUCACACAGUGCAGAUCAAACACUCCCCACCCCUGGAGAUGCUGAAUUCAAUCCUAUCUACAUGACUGGCGUAGUAGUGCCCAUUAUUCUCAUCGCUGUCGUCAUCAUACUACUUAGAAGGAGAUCAGCCGGGACCAAAGCGCCUCAGACUGUGAUAUUCCAAAGUUAUCAGCACGGAGAGGCAGAAGACGACAAUGACGACUGUUCCCCUUAUGCGGUGAGCCAGAGAGAGCAGGAACCCAUGUACUCCCUCAUUCAGCUGACUGAGCAGAAAACUGACUGUUCCACCAGUGGGAAUGGAGAACUUGCCUCAAAGGCGUCAGGACACAAGGCCAUCAUGAAGAACAACUCCAUUUACGAAACCGCGGGUCCAUAGCUUCAAACUGCUGCCAGUGCACUGUGUUAGUGCUCAGUUGGGGCAUGAUGAGGGGGCUACUGGAGGCUUUUGGUUUUGUUGUGGACUAAUUAUUUUUUAGUUGAUGUUAUGUACGAAGCGUAACUUCUAAGUGGGCGUUUUCUCACCUUUCACUUCAUUGCAUCCGUUUGUGCUUGUUUUAGAUCAUGUGGUUAUCAGUCAUUAGUGUCCUCAUCGUUGUUGUUUGGGGUGAGAUGCAUAAAGGUUGCUUAAGUUUUUUUUUUCAGUUCAAAUGAGGAAGGAACUCUUGCUUUCUGAGCUUCCUGUGAAAUUUCCCAUGAAGGUUGAGUUUCUCAGUCUAGUCUUUCAAAAUCAUUGAAUAUUGGCUAGAAAGGGGAGAGUGCCGUUUUUGCACUUGAAUUCUAUUCAGGUGCAUCAAUCUAUGUUAUGUUGUUCUGUUUGUGUGAAAUACAGUUUGUUCUAUGUAAAGUUAUAUUUAAAGGCAAAAAUGAACAAAUACCAAUGUUAUACUUUUGUAUUAAAAUAUUUUUUUAAAAGUCA